CUUCAAGCCUUCGAGACACUGGUACAUGGUACAUAGUACACUGGUACACCGGACACCACUGCAUAUGUCGAAUGCUGUUCCACAUCACGACUACUAUCAGCUGAAGAACUGUCAGACGUAUCCUCCUUCUCCCGUCUGCGACCCAUCAACAUGUCAUUUUCUUCCGAUCACCGAAUAGUAAACCCUCCGCCCAGAUGACAUGUGCGGUCUCACUUUAUCUUUACGAUUCGUCGGCGAUCCCGAUCAUACCCCUCCGCACUCAGAAAUCGACUCGCUCAUCACCACCAACUCUCGCCGUGGACCGGAUUCCUCUGCGAUAUUCAGAAAAGUAUUCACGACUUGUGAAGGGUGUCAUGUCGAGCUUGUGCUGGCCGCCAGCGUCCUAGGCCUUCGUGGAGACGGUAUAACUUCUCAGCCUAUAAUCAGUGAACGUGGCGUGCUAGGAUGGAACGGACAAGUGUUUGACGGAUUGCAAGUGAAUCCUGGGGAGAAUGAUACUCGAAAGAUAUUUGAUAAACUCGAAGGGGGAGAAAAUCCCUGGGACAUAUUGGAUAAGAUUGAAGGUCCCUAUGCUUUCAUCUAUCUCAACCUCGAAACUUCAACCCUGUACUUUGCCGUGGACCCUCUCUCACGUCGAUCCCUUUUGGUUCAUCCAUCCAUAGAGAACCUCAUAGAUCCCGUCCGGCUGUUGGUGUUAUCCUCAACCCGCAGCUCGGUGGACCGCUUCGGUAGAAUCAAUGAUGCCAUUCCCGACUCUAAUUCAACAACCCCGACAAUAGAUGAUAUCCAUCUAUUCAUACAAAAUCUCACUGAGUCCAUCCGCAAAAGGACCGAAAAUAUCCCUGUACAAUCACCUGGUGUCGCCAGGAUAGCCGUUCUUUUCUCCGGCGGCGUCGACUGUACACUCCUAUGCGGUCUUCUUCAUCGUGUCUUACCACCAGACGAACCUGUAGAGCUGGUCAAUGUAGCUUUUGACAGACCUGAUCUUCCGCCUUCUCUCAGGAAGAAAGACCUGGUCAGACAACUGGAGCAGAGACAAAAGGAGAAGAGUGAAAAGUGGCUUGUACCUGAUAGAUUGUCUGGUAUCGAGGCUUUACAAGAACUGGGCACGGUUUGCCCUAGGGAAUGGCGAUUCGUGGAGGUCAACGUUACAUACGAUGAAUGUCAGAUUCACCGGCAAGAAGUGUUAGAUCUUAUGUAUCCUUCCAAAAAGGAAAUGGAUCUCUCCUUGGCCUACCCAUUAUUCUUUGCUUCUCGCGGACAAGGCGAGAUAUCCGGACAUGAUGGGAAAGAACCGUACCAAGUUCAAGCCAAAGUGUAUUUCUCCGGUCUUGGAGCGGACGAACAAUUGGGUGGAUAUUCACGUCAUCGUAGAGCGUAUGAGAGAUCGAGUUGGAAAGGUCUCAUAGAAGAGAUCCAAAACGACGUUUGGCGUCUCCCUUCACGUAAUUUAGCAAGGGAUGAUCGACUCAUUUCUUCUUUCGCACGAGAUGCAAGAUAUCCAUAUCUCGACUUGAAAUUCCUUUCUUAUCUCUCCUCUCUCCCCAUAUGGCUAAAAUGUCAACUUUCCUCUGACCCAGCACACGUUCCUGGAAAAGGAGAUAAGAUGCUCUUACGUCUUGCCGCUGCUCAAAUAGGGUUGGAGAAGACAUCUCAAAGAGUUAAACGAGCUAUGCAAUUUGGUUCUAGAAGUAGUAAGAUGGGUUCUGGUAUAAAAGGUCCAAAAGCUGGAGAAUAUGAACUUGAUAUGGGUUAG